AUGUCUCUCCCCGACGGCGACACACAAGAGCGUUCGACGUUUACGGCAUCCUUGGCUACAUUCAAUGUAACGCCACCGGAACCUUUCACGUUCAAGACGCCGAAUGACUGGCCCACUUGGAGGAAACGCUUUCUACGUUUCCGUGCUGCCUCUGGCCUCAACGACAAGGCUGAGUUAAGCCAAGUAGAUGCACUGAUCUACAUUAUGGGUGAGCAAGCGGAGGAUAUAUACGCCACGCUGAAGCUUAGUCCCGAAGACGCACGCAAGUUCGACAAGGUGCUAGAAGCGUUCGAUGCCUACUUCGUUCCGCGCCGCAACAUCAUCUUUGAACGUGCAAAGUUCAACACGAGAGUACAACAGGAUGGGGAAUCUGUGGAGGAAUUCGUGACUGUCCUGCAUUCAAUGGCAGACUUAUGCAACUAUGGAGCGUUGCGCGAAGAACUGAUUCGCGACAGACUGGUUGCAGGCCUUCGAGACAAGAAAGUUUCGGAACAACUACAGCUCGACUCUGAACUCACUCUACAAAAGGCUAUCACAGCGGCUCGCCAGCGAGAAACUGUCCGGCUGCAGCAAGCUGAACUUCACAAAGGCAAUGACGCUACAGUACAUCGACUAACGACCCACAAAGUGUCACCGGGGUCCGAUUCAAGGAGACUGGCAACCAGGAAGAUUCACGCAGGCACAACCCGUCCUUCUUCAAAGUCAGCUUCCCAAAAGCUCUGCCGGUGGUGCGGCCGUGACAGGCACGCAAGACAGGACUGCCCAGCAAAAGACAAGAUAUGCUCCAAAUGCAAGAAGAAGGGGCACUUCUCAUCAGUUUGCCUUUCGGCUAAGCAGACCCAAUCUGCCCCCGACGGAACUACUGCAUUUCUAGGAGUUUUGACACAGGGGCUGACGAAACGGUUAUACCAGAGAGCGCACUUCACGGGAAUCCGGCUCGAACCUCCCAAACGUCGCCUGCGGGGUCCAGACGGCAAAAUGCUGAAGGUCACCGGUAUGACCUCUCUCCAGACAGUUUUUCAAGGACAAGAAAGCCAACAAGACAUUUGCGUCUUGAAGGAACUUCCUACAUGUUUGCUUGGUCAACCAGCCAUAGACAGCCUCAAAGUCCUUCCGACAAUACAAAUGCUCUCGAAGGCAUCCCCAUUCGAGGAAUAUGCUACGGUCUUUCAGGGACUGGGAGUUCUACAAGGAGAUUAUGACAUAAAGCUAGCUCCUGAUGCUAGGCCCUUUGCCCUUUCAUCUCCACGGAGAGUACCAUUGCCCCUAUACCAAAAAACCAAAGAGGAACUUCAACGUAUGGAGAAGCUAGGAGUCAUAACGCCAGUCAUGGAACCGACAGCCUGGUGUGCGCCAAUGGUAACCGUCCCAAAGAAGUCAGGAGGAAUUAGACUUUGCAUUGAUUUCACUCAGCUCAACCGCUACGUACUGCGUGAAUUUCAUCCUAUCCCUUCUGUCGAACAUUCACUCGCAAUGCUAAAAAAUGCAAAGGUCUUCAGUAAACUCGACGCAAACUCGGGUUUUUGGCAGAUACCGCUGAGCGAACAAAGCAAACACUUGACGACGUUCAUAACUCCGUUUGGGCGAUAUUCCUUCAACAGACUUCCAUUCGGGAUAUCGUCCGCGCCAGAACACUUCCAAAAACGAGUGGCAACGCUGCUGAAGGACCUCCACGGAGUUUUGUGUCACAUGGAUGACAUACUCAUUUGGGGAGCAAAUCAAAUCGAACAUGACCAUCACUUGGAAGCUGUAAUGACACGCAUCCAAGAAGCAGGGAUGUCGCUCAACAAGGACAAAUGCAUAUUCAGUGUUUCACAAGUGACCUUUCUAGGUCACAUCGUCGACGGCUCAGGCAUUCGGCCUGACGAAGAAAAGGUGAACGCCAUUCUCAAAAUGACUCCCCCUACGGACAAGACGGGCCUCAGGCGGCUACUUGGGAUGGCAACGUACCUUACACGCUUUGUACCCAAGGUAGCAGAACUUUUACAGCCACUAUCGUGUAUGUUAAGCUGCAAGCAGGAAUUUGUGUGGGGCGCACCACAACAAGAGGCGUUUCAGAAAUGGAAACAAAUCCUCUCUACAAGCCCUGUCCUCGGCAUCUACGACCCAGCCAAAGAGACGGUCGUCACCGCGGACGCAUCUUCCUUCGGCCUCGGAGCUGUCCUGCGACAAAAACAAGACGACGGGAAAUACCAAGUCAUCGCCUACGCCUCCAGAAUUCUCACUGAUGUCGAGCGUCGUUAUGCUCAAAUAGAAAAGGAGGGUUUGGCACUGCUUUGGGCGAGUGAGAAAUUCCGAGACUACCUGAUCGGGAAAAAGUUUCUUCUCGAGACCGACCACAAGCCCCUGGUGAGCCUGUUCUCGACAAAACAGCUUGAUGACUUGACGCCGAGGUUACAGCGCAUGCGGAUGCGUCUCAUGCGAUAUACCUACGAAAUAACGUACGUGCCAGGAAAAGACCUUCUAGCGGCAGACGCCCUGUCCCGUACACCUCUCCGGAAAACGGACGGCACAGACCUUACAGAGGAGAUCGAGUGUUUCGUCCACUAUGUUGAGACUCACCUUCCAGGGACAGCGAGAAGUCUACUUGACAUACAGCAAGAACAGGAGAAGGACGAGACGUGUCAGCAUAUCAUCAGGUUCACCAGACACGGGUGGCCUACUCGACGGGAUCUCGGGCAAGACCUUAAACCCUUUUGGCUAGCACGGCACCAGCUGGCAGUAGCCGAUAGUCUGCUAAUGCAUGGAACGCAGAUUGUCAUUCCCAAGACCUGUCAACAGAUUCUCCAGCUUUUGCACGAGGGCCACUUCGGCUUGGAAAAAUGCACCACACGAGCUAAACAUGCUGUUUGGUGGCCAAGUAUCAACGACGACAUCGCACAAACGGUGAAGAACUGUCACGAAUGCCUGCAACUAAAGACAAACAGGAAGCUACCCCUCAUUACAACGGACUUCCCAGACAGGCCCUGGCAGAAAAUAGCUAUGGACUUGUUCCAUUGCCAGGGAUCGUGGUGGCUCAUUGUAGUUGACUAUUACUCGCGGUACCCAGAGCUAGUCCGGCUACAUUCAUUGUCCAGCGAAGCCAUCGUGAAUCACUGCAAAUCCAUAUUUGCACGACAUGGAAUCCCCGAAGUUGUGAUAAGCGACAACGGUCCGCAGUUUUCGCAGAGCAGCAGCUCCCCUUUCGCCCGAUUUUCAACGGAGUAUGGCUUUCGACAUGUUACAUCCAGCCCAGGCUAUCCGCAAAGCAAUGGACUUGCCGAGGCGGCAGUGAAGAUCGUUAAAAUGUCUAUGAAGAAGACAAAAGAUCCGUACAAGUCGCUGCUAGCAUAUCGGGCUUCACCCUUGAAAAAUGGCUAUAGCCCAGCGGAACUUCUAAUGGGACGACGGUUGCGCACGAACGUACCUGUCGCGCAGUUACAGCUUGUACCGUACACCCCUGACUACAAGAAAGUGGCAGCCUUCGAAACUAAAAACAAGAGGGACGAAGAGAGGCACUACAAUAGGAGACACGGGGUGCGGGAGCUACCUCCACUUGGAGUCGGCACAGAUGUUUGGGUAAUAGAUCUGCAACGGAAAGGCGUUGUCCAGGGACAGACUCCGCAACCCAGGUCCUAUUCAGUCUCCACAGAGCAGGGAGAAGUCAGAAGGAACAGGACGCAUCUAGUUCCUCUCCCAGGCCAACCAGAGCCCAGUACAUCGACAGCGAGCGCUCCGCAAAGCAGCCACCUCGAAACGGACACUUCAACCGACGUACCGACAGACCAACAGUGCACCGACACGACCCACUGGCACACAAAAAGAGGGCGUUGCGUCAUCCCUCCAAAAAAGUAUCAAGCUUGA